AUGGGCGCGCGCGCGACCGCGUGCGCGUGCGCGCUCGUCCUGCUUCUCGCGAACGUCUCGGGCGCGCGGUCGUCCGCGCACGCGUACGCGCGCGCGUCGUUUUACGCGACGAACGACGCCGCGAUCGUCGCCGCGGGACGUGAAGGGAUGUUUGCGAGCGCGAAUGCGAAUGAUGGAACGACGGACGACGCGCGCGCGGGCGCGUGGAUCGACGCGCGCGCGCGCGUGAGCGACGGACGGGCGUACGUGCGUUUGGACGGCGUGACGUUCGAGCGGAGCGAGCGCGUGGCGCGCGCGGGGGGGGCGGGACAAGGGGCGACUGGGUUGGUGGAAAUCGUGACGUUCGAGCGCGGCGACGCGAGCGCGAUCGGGGUCGUCGAUGAAGUGAGUGGACGACGACGGUUUUGUUGCGAUGCGAAGAUGAAGUCGGAUGGUGUGUGUGGGAGCUCGGACGUGGGGCGGGUGAUCGUGCGGGAGGACGUCGGCGAGGACGGGACGUCGACGGGUCCGCGUCGCGCCGAGGUGUGGUUCGACGGAGACGACGUCACGGCGAGAAGCGACGUCGAGGCGGUGCGCGUGCGAAAGACUGGAAUGUAUCACGUGUGGUUCGUGAUAUGUGAUCCCGAUCACGCGGGGGUGACGGUGAGCGGGCGGACGAUGUGGAAGAAUCCGAACGGGUAUCUGCCGGGGGCGAAGACGGCGCUGUUGCCGUUUUACGGAUUCGCCACGAUGGCGUACCUAGGAUUGGGGUUCGCGUGGACGCUCGCGCACGUCGGGCACUGGCGUCACGUUUUGGGGUUACACAACUGCAUCACCGCCGUGCUCGCGCUGUCGAUGACGGAGUCCGCGGUGUGGUACUUUGACUACGCCAAUUUCAACGCCACCGGAUAUCGACCGUACGUGUUCACCAUGGUGGCCGUUUUGCUCGGCUCACUCCGCGCGACGCUCAGUCGAGCGUUGGUACUGACGGUUUCGAUGGGAUACGGCGUCGUGCGACCGACCCUGGGUGGGAUGAGCGCCAAGGUGAUAUCGCUCGGCAUUUGUUACCUGUGCUCCGCCGCGGUGAAGGACGUCGUGGAGCACGUCGGCUCGGUGGACGAUCUACGACCGGGCGCGCGACUGUUCUUGGUGCUCCCGAUCUCGGUGUUCGAGACCGUGUUCUUGCUUUGGAUAUUUAGCUCGCUCUCUAGGACGUUGACGCAGCUAGCGCUUCGUCGGCAGACGCAAAAGCUCGCGCUGUACCGAGCGUUCACGAACGCUCUCGCUUUGAGCGCCGCGCUCAGCGUGGUGUGGCUCGCGUAUGAGAUGUGGUUCAAGAGCACUGAUAUGAUUGAUGAGAAGUGGGAAUCGGUGUGGAUGCUCUCCGCGUUCUGGAACGUGCUCUCGUUCGGUUUACUCGCGGUGAUGUGCUUCUUGUGGAAACCGUCCGGGGCGAGCUCUCAGUACGCGUACAGUGAACUCACGAACGGCGACAUCACCGAGGACUCUUGGUGGAGCGAGCUCGUCGCGCCUGCGGACGGCGGUGAGUUUGCGAAUGGAAAAUCACCGCACAACGGAGCAAAGUCAUCGCGAGUGAUGAAUAGCGCGAAGAAAUCGCGCGCGAUGCGCGACUUCUCGUUAGACGACGACGACGACUCGACGCGCGACCUAGAGAUGGAGAUGGGAAAAAUUGAAUAG